CCACAUAUAUAGCAAGCAUAAGAUUUCAGAACAUUAAUGAGAAAAAAGGUAGAUCGGUUCAUUGAAAAGAAAAUUGGUACUACAACACACGCAAGUUGUUUAUUCUUCUUCAUUGGACAUUUCUUACUUGUUUAUUCCCUUACAAAAACACAUUUUCUUUUAAUUUAUGAACCACACUGUCCCCACAACAUUGUAUCCACAUCAUAUUCUAGGCAUAUACCUCCUCUCCCUCUCUGUACAUAUAUAAAUGUAUAUGCAUACCUCUCUCCGUUGUGACCAAAAAAGUGUAGUGUCAGCCAUUAGCCCAUUAGUGUAACCAUCUUCUUCUCUUGCAUCUUGACUUUUUUUUGGUAACUGAAGAAGUCUUACAAAGUGAAGGUUCAUUAAUAGUCCUAGAUCCAAAUGGAGACCGUGAAACCAUUGGAUGUUGCUUCAAGAAAAGGAAAACUCAGACGGGCAUUUGUGAAAGCUAUCAACAUCAAGAAGCUAACCGGUGUUGUUCCAGAAGUUGAGAGAGUGAAGAAGAGACAAGAAAAGGUGAAGUUAGUGAAGAAUGCUCCAAAUCUUUCAAAGUCCUUUGACAAGCUUGAGGAAGAGUAUGAGAAAACACUUUCCAUGGAAGCUCUUCUUGCAAAGCUGUUUGCUACUGUUUCUUCCAUAAAAUCAAGUUACGCGCAGCUGCAGUACGCCCAGUCUCCGUAUGAUCCAGCUGGGAUUCAGAGAGCAGACAGGUUGGUCGUUUCAGAGCUGAAAACAUUGUCUGAGCUGAAACAGAGUUUCUUGAAGAAUGAGUUUGAUCCUAACCCUGAUAUAACUCUAGUUCUUGCCGAGAUUCAAGAAGUGAGAAGCCUCUCGAAGACUUAUGAGAUCAUGGGGAAGAAGAUGGAGUGUCAGUUAAAGCUUAAAGACUCUGAGAUCAUGUUUCUUAAAGAAAAGUUUCAAGAAUCCAAGAAUCAUAACAGGUUGAUAGAGAAGAGACUUAACCAAAGUAAUCAACUGGAUCAUAAUCAUUUCGUUACUUACCUACACCACACAGUCAAAUCAAUCAGAGGAUUCGUUAAAAUGAUGGUUGAGCAAAUGAAGUUCUCUGGUUGGGACGUCCACACGGCGGCUGAAACGAUACAGCCUGAAGUAUUCUAUUACAAGCAAGACCACGCGUGUUUCGCGUUCGAGCAUUUCGUUUGUAAGAUCAUGUUCGAAGGGUUUCAUCUACCUUGCUUCACAAGCGAACCAUCAUCAUCAUCAUCUCGGAAGACGAGUAAAGAGACGUUCUUUGAGAGGUUCACGGAGCUUAGACCGAUGAAAGCGAGAGAGUGUUUGACGUCACGGCCCAAAUCAAGAUUCUCGAGGUUUUGCAGAGAUAAGUAUUUGCGGCUCGUGCAUCCGAAGAUGGAGCAGGCUUUCUUCGGGGAUUUGCGUGUGAGAAACCAAGUCUCUGUCGGGGAGUUUCUAGAGACGAGUUUUUGUACCGCGUUUCUUGAAAUGGCGAAACGGGUUUGGCUCUUGCAUUGUCUUGCGUACUCCUUGGACGUUAAAGCUUCGAUCUUUCAAGUGGCUAAGGGUUGCAGAUUCUCGGAAGUGUACAUGAAGAGCGUGGCGGAAGAAAGCUUGUCGGAGUCUGAGCCGAGAGUUGCGUUUACGGUAGUUCCUGGUUUUAGAGUUGGGAACGCUUUGGUACAGUGCGAGGUUUACCUCUCGCUCUCAAGUCAACGCCGUACGUAAGUAACGUAACCAGACGGUCGUAAGCUCACGGAGAUGUCGGAACAGAGGGCCUUGUGGUAAUUUACGUGGUGGGGUUAUUUUGCUGACCGUUGGAUUAAGAAGAGAUACAGUAUGUGACGGUUGCGAUUAUGCGUGCGUUUUUUUUUCUUCCUCUCUUUGUCAAUAUUUAGGACAGAGAGACAGAAGCAUCUCUGAGCUGGUUUCCUUCGAUGAAAUCAAUGAUUAGCCAUCGUCACUAUCUUCUAUCCUAUGUAAAUAAUUCGUAAUAAUUUUUAUAAUUUUUAUGUAUAUAUUUUCAAUUAAUGA